UUAAUUCUAUGCGUGAACACAGCACGAAUGCAUCCGUUCUCGUAUGCGUAGAAAAUUAUUAUACGUGGAGAGAGAGGAGGAAAUUGCAAGGAAUUGAUAUUUCCAUAUCGCAGGCCUGUUCAAUCUGUACUAAAGUGUAAUCGACACUUUUAUUCAGUUUCCAAGAUGGAAAGCUUAUUGCAUCAAAAACAAACAAACAUGAAUCGAAAGAGUAACGAUGAUCAGACAGAGAUCAAGAGAAAAGACAUGACAUCUUUGGAAUAUUACAUCUCGUUCUUACUUUUAAUACUUGGAUAUGCCCGAAUUUGGUCCGUCGACUCAUUUCCGUUAUGUAAAGUGGUGCUUUCAAUCGGAGCAACGAGUAUCUUUAUUUUGGGAAAUUCUCUGCUUUUACUCUCGGAAAUUGUGGAACUUAUAAUGACAAACGAGCUAAAAUUAUUUGCCAAUCUCGUCGGAGUAAUCUGCUUGCAUCUGAUAGGUUUAAUAAAAUGGUGCUACUGUAUAAAAGAAAAUCGCCAAAUCAUCGAUAUUGCGAUGAAAUUGGAAAAAUGCCACAUACUUUGCCAACAAAUCGAUAACAGCGAAGAAGGAUAUCGAAUAUAUAAGAACGAAAUGGAAUACGCACAUCGAUAUUCCAAUUAUUUCAUAUACGGAUGGGUAUGUGCGUGUGUUUAUGGUGUUUUACAUUGGUGUGCCAAUCCAUUUCUUCUAGGAACUUGGGCAUUAGAGCAGAUGAAUUCGGCAAAUCAUACAUUUAUCAAAAGAAAUUUGCCGUUUAUCGGAUGGUAUCCUUUUAACACCGAUGACAUUUAUAAUUAUAUUUAUCUGUAUCUUAUACAAAUAAUCGGCAGUGUGUCUUCUGCGUUUGGAAGUGUUUGCUAUGAUACUUUUUAUGUUACGAUGCUAAUGAUCAUCUGUGCGCAAUUUCAACACAUCAAUAUAAUAUUGACAAGAAUCAAUUUUGAUAACGUGCCAGAAGCAACAUUUAUUCUCGAAAGAAAAUUAAAGAAUUGCGUGGAUUGCCAUGCAGAGAUUAUAAAAUUUUUAAAAACAUUGCAAACUUUUUGCGGUCCGGCAAUGUUCGUGCAAUGUGUCGUUACAUCAAUUAUUAUUUGUUUAGUCUCAUUCGAAGCAUCAACGAUUAAAAUUGCGAUGGAUACGGAGUCCAUCUUCAAAUUAUGGGCUCUGCUCGAAUAUUUUUUAUGUGCCAAUAUUCAAUUAUAUUUCUUCUGUUUCUUAGCCACUCAACUUCAAUAUUUGGGUUUGCAAAUUGCGCAUUCAGUAUAUUGCUGCGGAUGGGAACUCAUGAUUUUUCAGGAGAAAAGAAAUCAAUCGAAAAACAAUUUUGAAAAACAAUUAAAACAUUACAAUAUUAAUCGACUAGUGCAAAUGAUUAUGGUGCAAGCACAGAAACCGAUUGUUUUAACCGGUGGUCCAUUUUAUAUACUUUCGUUGGAAACUUUCAGAGUUAUAAUUAGUUUGGCAAUGUCAAAUUCUAUAAUGUUGCGUACAAUCUCUGAUACGAUGUCAGAUGAAUGAUAAAAUCGAUAGACAUUUAUGUAUAUAUU